AUGCUCUUCUGUCGGCGUGUGGAGGGGUGUGUGGAGGGGCGAGUGGAGGGGCAUGUGGAGGGGAGUGUGGAGGGGCAUGUGGAGGGGCGUGUAGAGGGGCAUGUGGAGGGGCAUGUGGAGGGGCGUGUAGAGGGGCAUGUGGAGGGGCAUGUGGAGGGGCGUGUAGAGGGGCAUGUGGAGGGGCAUGUGGAGGGGCGUGUAAAGGAGGGGCGUGUGGAAGGACGUGUGGUGGUACAUAUGGAGGGUCACCUGAAGACGCAUGCAGAGAGGAACUUGCAGAGGUGUGCAGCGGGGCAUGAGAAGGGGCGUGUGAAGGGGCAUGUGAAGGGGCGUGUGAAGGGGCAUGUGAAGGGGCAUGUGGAGGGGAAUGUGAAGGGUCAUGUGAAGGGGAAUGUGAAGGGGCAUGUGAAGGGGCAUAUGAAUGGGAGUGUGAAGGGGAAUGUGAAGGUGAAUGUGAAGGCGAAUGUGAAGGGGCAUAUGAAGGGGCAUGUGAAGGGGCAUGUGAAGGGGCAUGUGAAGGGGCAUGUGAAGGGGCAUGUGAAGGGGGAUGUGAAGCAUCUUCCUCCUGAGUAG